UUAAACCCCACCCCGCCCCGCCCUCCGUCCCCGCUACGCAGGCGCGCCGGAAGUCCCCGCAAAGUGCGUGCGCGGAAGUAACCGAGGUGAAUUUGAAGCUGUACGAGAGGUUCCUAAGAGGUACGAGGCGCCAUGCUGUCCCCCGAGGCAGAGCGGGUGCAGCAGUACCUAGUCGAGGUGGAGGAGUUGGCAGAGGCGGUGCUGUCUGACAAGCGGCAGAUCGUGGACCUGGACACCAAGAGGAAUCAGAACCGAGAGGGCCUGAGGGCCCUACAGAAGGACCUGAGCACCUCUGAUGAUGUGAUGGUCUGCUUUGGGAGCGUGUUCAUCAAAAUGCCUCACCCUACGACAAAGGAAAUGAUCCAGAAAGAUCAGGAACACCUGGAUAAAGAAAUAGAAAGGCUGCGCAGUCAACUUAAAGUGAAAGUUAACCGCCUCUUUGAAGCCCAAGGAAAACCAGAGCUGAAGGGUUUUAACCUGAACCCCCUCAACCAGGAUGAACUUAAAGCCCUCAAGGUCAUCUUGAGAGGAUGAGGCUCACAGCAGGAUGGGGGACUUACCUCUAGGUCCCUCCGGCCUUGAGACCUGCAGGGGCGGGAUUGUCUGUUUAGGGGACAGCAUCAGGAAUGUGGCUUCUGUACAGAAUCUUUUUUUGUAGUGCUUGGCUGCUUUGUGACAAGAGAGAACCCUUAGUCUGUUCUGUGUGCUUGGCCAGGCCACCAGAGCUUGGACACAAGACCUAUUGACAGACCCUGGCAGCCAUCUGUAGGUGUGUGGGGGUGUGAGAAUGGCUGUAGCCGACACUUCUCAACAGUAGCCUGCUGUUCAGAUGGGCCUGCUCAGGGAUGGAGGGAGAGUGGACCGGCAGCUUCAUUCCAGCUUUCUGCAUGGCAAGGCAUUUUCAGGCAGUGUGUGUGUGACAACUGGAAUAAAACAAGAGACUGACAGGUCGCUUCUAUA